AUGGUGCGAGCGUUGGAAGAUGGGCGCAGGAGCGGUGGUAAUGGUGUGUUGAGUUCGGGGUGGGCGCUGUGCGCGCUGGAUUGCGCGAGUAAAUUGUCUCGCGCGUUCGGCGGCGGAGCGCUGCCGUCGACGGUGAGGGCGCUUCGAUCUCGAGACGACGUGAGCGUCUUGGUGACGCUUUCGGUGGGGGACGGCGCAGGCGCGGGUGAGCAGUUGGUGGAGUCAGAGGCGACGUGUGUGAUCGUCGUGCGUCGCAUCGAGGCGGACGAUGGACGAGUUGCGGCGGACGUUGAGACGGACGUUCGAAGAGCAAUCGGACGACGACGUCGCGAACGUGAACGGGUGACCGUUCUCGACGGCGACGUCUUGGAGUUUUCGGCGAUCGAGGUCGAGAGCAUUGAGUCUGCGGUCGCACGCGCGCUUCGAACGACGCCGGGCGCAAUAGAUACCGAUGAGGACGAAGAACAGCGCGUCGCGCGACGACUCCAAUCCGUCGUGCCGUUUGAUCUCGGAGUCAAGCUCUCUGCCGAGGAACGCGAGGCCAGACAAAAGGUUAGACUCUCGUAUGAACACCAGGGCGUUGAAGGCGUGAAUGCGUACGACGAGGGUGACUUCCUCGCUUACCUUCCUCCCGAUGCCGGCGGUCGAGGCUCCGCGCUUGGCGUCACCAAGCCCGGUCGCGGUCACAUCUAUUAUGAACGCGACGCAGCCGACGAUGAGUUACACGACGACGAUCUCUUUCCCGACACCGACGACGAGGAAGAAGAGUUCUAG